CUUUUAAGGGAUUAUUUUGCAUUUCUGUUGUAUGUGAUUUAAAGGAGAUUUCCACCGAUUUUUUUUUUCUAAAUCUGUUUUAUUCAGUCUUUAAGAUGUAAACAAAGUGAUUCAUAGUGAUUAUGUGAAAUGGUGCAUUGUAGAGAAACUUACCGACUCUUAUUUCUUCAACUGGGGGAUGUCUACAAUGCAGAUAACCAUUAAUUAAUUCUUAAUUUAACCACGAGCGAAUAUGCAGGUUUUGUGAGGUUUUAUAUGUAAUGUUGAUCAUAGUAACAGUGGUAUUUUUUUCGUCUUGCAACACCUGCAUAUAUCUCCUCUUCAUUUAUUUAAAAAAAAAAGUGUUGGGCCAAAAUCUUAUUGCAAAACUAUGAGGAAACAAUGUCUCAGGCAUCAGGCAACAUAUGGAACCAUUUCUGUAGUAGCAUCCUGUGAGAGGUGAGGUAGCUUUGAGAGACAUUAAACUCAGACGUUUGGUUACUAGCUAAGCUAUAGCUACCUCUGUGAAUAAUUCGGACUCGGUAAAGUUCUCAAUAAACCACUCUGAAUGACUUUAUUUACAGCAACGUAUUAAAGUAAGGAAAAAUCUAAGACAAGAAUCAGUGGAAUUCCCUUUUAAAAUAGGCACUGAGACUUUUACUUUGAAACAAAAAGAAAAAAACAAGGUGGAAAAAUAUUGGGCUUCCUCAUCCAGCACUGUUGCUCCUUUCUCGUUAACGAAAGCAAAACUAAUACCUAGUUGGUCAUGAUAGAAAUCUUAAUUUGAGGUAGCCAAGCCGGUUCGUUUUUUACAUGUUUACAGCUUUAGCUACUUUUUUGUGCUGUCACAGAUUGGCGAGCUAUAGGUUGGUUAGCUAGCUAAGUUAGCUGGUUAGGUUAGCUGUGUUCGGUAUUUAAUGGCUAACGAUAAAUCUGAUUAUAGACAGCAAUGCAGUAACUGAAUAGCUUUAAAUAAUUAGCCGACGCCGCUGUUCAUUUAUCUGUUUCCUUCUCGAGGUGAAAGACUCGGCUGUUGUUGUUCCAGCGACAUAAAAAACAAGGUUAUGGCUGAGGAAAGCACCCAGCUUUGCACCAACUGCAAGCAUGACAUCCCAGAGGCCAACUUCACCACACAUGAGAUCCACUGCCGGCGGAACAUUGCCCUGUGUGACGUGUGCCAAGAGCCAGUCCCUCGAGCUGAACUGCCGCAACAUAAGGAGCAGGAGCAUUCACAGGUGCAGUGCAAAUGUGGCCUGAAGAUUGAAAAAAGUCUCAUGGAGACCCAUCAGAGCUCGGAGUGCAGCCAACGGUUGGUUCCAUGUCAGUACUGCGACCUGGAGGUGGUCUUCUGCCAGGCCAGAGAGCAUGAGGAGUACUGCGGGACCCGCACAGAGCCGUGCCCUGUCUGCAAAUGCAACAUUAUGCUGAGAGAGAAAGACAUCCACCCGGCUUUGUGUGGGAGUCUGACCCCUCCACAGGAGAGACGGACAGGGUCUCAGUCACCUGGAGCUUGGUUUGAGACCCAGCCAAUUCACAAUCUGCUGAGGGCCCAGGAGAGGAGCCAUAACAACAACAGCACUGGGUCAGCAGACCGGAGGGGCCCUCCACGGCCACUAGAGGCCAGACUGCACAAUAGCACCAGAGGACCAAUAGGAGCCGGAACCAGGAGGAACAUGGCGCCAAGGAACAAUGAAUUUGCUCGCUUGCUGGAUCAGGAAGUGGAGCUGGAGACCAACAACAACAGCCUGCUGUGGCCUCUAGGCCAGCUGCCAGACUACGACUCCUCUGGUCUGGACUACCUGCUGGCUCUCAGCCUGCAGAGUGACGGAGACCAGGACGACCUGGGGACUCAGCAGGGCAUAUGGACCGAUGUCUGGGACCACCGUCUAGGAAGGGAAUCUGCCCGAAGCACCCUCAACUCCCAGCUGUCCUCCACCACUAAUAACAAUACUUACUGCAACAAUGCUCCCACUAGCACUAACACAGCUCCGGCUCACAGCCCUGCCUCAGAGAUCAUGCUGCCCUGUGAGUUCUGUGAAGAGCUCUUUCCAGAAGAGGACCUCAUUUUACACCAGACUGGAUGCAGCCCAGCCUCUGCUAUUGCUUCCUUCAGCAAGCAGGAUUCGUCUCUACAGUAUGAAGACACAUUCAGCCACGGGGCCAGUCAUGUGAUCCUUCCCCGCACCCCCAGCCCUCCAAACCUUCCUCACUCUGUCUCCCCACUGUCCUACAGCCCCCCAUCCAGUCCACUAGAGGGCGAUGUGGUCAUUCCCUGUGAGUUCUGUGGUGUGGCUCUGGAGGAGAAUGUUGUAUUUCAUCACCAGGAUAAGUGUGACCUUCGUCCUACAACGGCUUACCAAACAGAUGGAGUGUCUCCACGGAAACCCCUCCACCUUCCCAAAGAGAGGUGUGGAAGGAGUUCUCCUGAGAGGCAGAGGAGAGUGAGACACCAGGACCCUGGUGAAGAGUUCCUGGGACCAGCUCUUCAGGGUUGGCAAAGCUGUGGUUCAGGCACAGACCCAUGGAAGCCCACUCCCUUCCUGAGUCUUGCCUCAUCUGGGAAAAACACCAAUGUGGAGCUGCAAGGGAAAAGCAGGAGUCAGCGAGGGAGAACUGCAGAGAACUACACCCUCAGCCCAGAUCCUUUGAGUGAUGGUGACAAGGCUAGCCCUGCAGGGGCUUUAGGGCCUCCUUGCAGAGAAAGAGUAGAGAGUCGGCGCACUCAGAAAAAUACCGGGACAUCAAAGGUGCCCAAGAAGCAGAAUACUGAAAAAGAGGAGGAGUAGAAGUAGACCUGUUUAAUAUUUUCAGAAGAAAUGUGGCUUAGUAAUACAUUAACUGUACAUUGUUUGUGUUUGUUUGUGUGUACCAUGUGUGGAGAAAGUGUGUUUGUGUUUAAAAACUCUAAAAAUGUAUUAUAUUCUGUUGGUUUCUAAACUACUUUGCCUUUGUUGCACUACUUUUAAAAUCUGUGUCAUGUCUGUGUUCCAAUUUUUUUAAUACUUAAAGCUACUUUAAUAUUUUAAAAUUAAUCACGACUGGACAGAUGCUAUAGCUUUUUAUAUUUUCCUAAUACAUGUAAGUAUAAAAAUAUAUCAGUAUAUGGUAAUAUGUUCCAUUCUUGUUUUUGCCCGAUGUAUACCAUAUACAAAGAAAAUCUGAGUAUCAGUCCAGACUGAGGCUUUCAGCUUGUGUAAUCUUCUGACCAGUUUAUUAAAAGCCUCUAUCCCA